AUGUUUCCUUGGUCUGUUGAGGACUACAAUGUCCAACCUCUGGGAUGCAUACGUGUCACAGCAGAGAAUCGGAGCAACUUCACCUUCAGCAGUGCUCCUCCUGACUCAGCUCCUGUGUCUAACGGCCUCUGUGGCUUCUCUGUGGUGUUUUUGGCUCGUACUCACAGCGGCGUGCGAUGUGCCCUAAAGAGGAUGUACGUGAACAACCUCCCCGACCUCAACGUCUACAAGCGGGAGAUCACAAUCAUGAAAGAGCUGUCGGGCCAUAAGAACAUUGUGGCUUAUUUGGACUCUACUAUAAACGCUGUGUCUGAGAGCGUGUGGGAGGUUCUCAUCCUCAUGGAGUACUGCAAAGCGGGUCAGGUGGUGAAGCAGAUGAACCAGCGGCUGAGUGUGGGCUUCACGGAGGUGGAAGUACUUCAUAUUUUCUGUGACACGUGUGAAGCUGUAGCCAGACUCCAUCAGUGCAAAACGCCAAUCAUCCAUCGAGACCUUAAGGUUGAGAACAUCCUCUUGAACGACCAGGGGAACUACGUGUUGUGUGACUUUGGCAGUGCCACACAUAAGAUUCUGUUGCCUCAGAAAGAAGGAGUGACUGCAGUAGAAGACGAGAUAAAAAAAUACACUACUCUGUCGUACCGUGCUCCAGAGAUGAUCAACCUUUAUGCAGGAAAAGCAAUUACCACCAAGGCUGAUAUCUGGGCCUUGGGAUGUUUGUUGUUCAAGCUGUGUUUCUUCACACUUCCUUUUGGGGAAAGUCAAGUCGCCAUUUGUGACGGGACCUUUAUCAUUCCUGAUAACUCCAAAUACUCAGCCAAGCUGCACCGACUCAUCAGAUACAUGCUUGAACCAGACCAGGAGAAGAGACCAGACAUUUACCAAGUCUCGUACUUUGCCUUCAAGUUGGCCGGAAAAGACUGUCCAGUGCCCAACCUAUUUAACUCUCCCAUCCCCACAACUUUACCAGAGCCAUUAACAGCCAGCGACAUUGCAGCCAAAAAGAGCAUGACAAAAGCAAGGAUAACGAACUCUGUGGGCCCGACAGAGACGUCCAUCGCUCCCAGACAGCGUCCGAAGGCGGCCAACAGUAACGUGCUUCCUCUCAGCAACACGGUCACUCCAGUGAAGAUGAGCGUGCCUUCUGCCAACGGACACAAAGCGCCGACACCCAGCUCCGCAGCUCCCCCUGUGGUCGCUCAGAGCAGCAACAGCCAACAUCACAGAGUUCUUCAACAACUUCAGCCUGGAGACCUGAGACUGCAGCAGCUGCAGCAGCAGCAGACCUCACCACAGCCGCCACCACUGAGCGGACAGCAGCCUCUGCAACUACAGCAGGCGAAUGCACAGCAGCAACUUUAUCUACAGCACCAACAGGCCCUUCAGCAGCAGAUGUUACUACAGCAGCAGCAGAUGAUGAUGAUGCAGCCGGCCUUAUACCAACAGCAUGUGGCCCAGGCUCAGUACGCUGCGAUGUUGCACCAGUAUCAACAGGCAUUUGUACAGCCGCAGCAGCACAUGCCACUUCCACAUACCGUUCAGCACAGCGCCCCCUACCUGUCGCCGUCACCACUGGAGUUUCAGAUGCCCCUGGGUUCAUACAACACCAAAACACCCACUGCUGUCCCCACGGCAACAGUGCAGAUGGGAGGGCCGUCACCUAUGGACACCCUUGGUAAUACCAGGAACCAGCGGCUGUCCUCAGACUCACCCGCCACAGUGAGCCAUCCUCCCGACAUGUCACGCUGGAACCCUUUUGGAGAAGACAACUUCUCUAAACUCACGGAGGAGGACCUCCUGGACCGGGAGUUUGACCUGCUCAGAGCAAAUAAACCAGUGGAGCGCAGCCCCAGUGCAGAGAUGCAGCAACAGCAGCAUCAGCAACAGCAGAAGAGCACGGCCAUCUCACUGCCGCCUGAAGACCUGUUUGGAUCUGUCCCAUUUGUGACCAGCGCAGGUGAUGCCGUGAACAGUCCAGAUCCAGCCCCAGAAGAGCCCAUUCCUCCUGCUGUCUCAGUCCAGCCUUUAGAGGGCGCCAAGGAUCACAAGUCAGGCCGAAAGUGCGGAUCCAGGACUGGCGGCGAGUCCGACAGCGACUUCGAAUCAGAUCCACCUUCACCCAAAAGCAGCGAAGAUGAAGAGGCCGAGGUGGAGGAGGAGGAAGCUCUGAACAGCGAACAUGGAGAUGACACUGAACCUGAGAACCUUGGCCAGCGCCCCCUACUGAUGGAGUCUGAGGAAGAACACAGCUCAGACUCAGACUGCGACACAAACAAAGUCAAGACUCGUACAAAGAAAAACUCCAAACCUGUGACGGCGAGUCCAGCCGGGGUGAGUUUGAUGACCCCUCCACAAUCGCCUGGGGAGAUGGCGGAAAUAUUGUCCGGCAAGUCAGACAAGCUUGUGGACGUGUUCGGAGCGGUGCCUUUUCCAGUCGGAUUGACGCACAGCACGUCGGAUAUUUUUUCACAAGCGCCUUUCCGCCAAACGAGCCACAAAGACGAUUUUGACGUGUUCACCAAAGCACCGUUUAGCCGUAAUUUGUCCAAAUCCGGGAUACAUCCCAUGGGUCAAUCUCCGCCGAUCUCUCCUGAAGGCGGGAUCGAUAUCUUUGGAUUUUCGCCUUUCCAGAUGGGAUGCAACGCACCUACGCUUCCGACCACGUCCAGAAGCGCAGAGGAUAUUUUUUUACGUCAAACUUGCGACGACUCGAGUCCGCAGGAGCAGCGUUUAAAACAACGCAGCCUCCAGAAGCUGUCUUCGAGGCAGAGAAAAACCAAGCAGGAUCCGAGUAGCGGCGGUAGCAACGGGAAAAGGCAUCACGGAACGCCAACGGGAGUGCGUAAAACCAACAAACCAACGUACCGAACGCCAGAGAAAGUCCGGAGGCACAAAAAAGUCGGAAGAAGGGAUUCGCAAAGCAGCAACGAGUUUCUGAGCACGUCCGACUCGAAGGAGAAUAUCAGCGUUGAUGUCACGAUGGCGGACGGCGACGGGAAAGCCACCGCUGUUGAAGACGCCAUUUUGGAUCCCUUUGGCGCCAAGCCUUUCCAUCCCAGUCUUGGUGAAGGGAAGUCGGAAAAGUCGUGGAGCGCAGAAAUUAUUGAUGAUUUUGGGGCAGUGCCGUUUGCUGAGUUUGUACCACCGCAGCAGCAGAAGCAGCAGCAGCAGCAGCAGAAGCCUGUAGAGUUAGACCCAUUUGGAGCUGCUCCGUUUCCCUCAAAACAGUAA